AUGUCGGACUUAGCUAUAUGUCGCUUUGCAUACGACGGUGUUGUCACAGCAGUAGUCAAAAUGUUAGAAUCAAAUGACAACAAAACUCAUGUUGAUCAGGCUGGAAGAAAUCCACUUCACUGGGCGGCAUGUGGUGGUCAUCUGGAAUUGGUAAAAGUCCUUUUAGCCAAGGGAUUUGACAAAGAUAGUAAGGACCAGUCAAACUGGACUCCACUUAUGAUUGCUGUUUCCGCUGGACGAGAAAAUGUGGCUUCUUACUUAAUAUCUCAGGAACAUGCUGACGUAAAUGCAAUAAAUUCAACAGGCCAGUGUUGUCUACAUUACUGUGCUUCGAAAAAUCGUCUUGAAUUGGCAAGACAGUUAUUACUUGCCGGUGCAAAACCAAAUGUACAUGAUUGGGGCGGAAUUACACCAUUACAUCGUGCAAUUGCUACAGAUAAUUUGGAUGUAGCAAAAAUUCUCUUGGACCAUACAGCUAUCGAAAAACAGACACCUCUACAUUAUGCAUGUGAAGAAGGCAGUAUGCAGGCUGUAAACUUACUGAUGAAUUAUGGUGCUUCUAUCACUGAUCAAAAUAAAGAUGGCAAAACACCAUUAGACGUAUCACCGGAUCACUUACGCAUGAAUAUUUUGAAACAAUUCAAAUCGAACUAA